AUGACAGUUGUGUGUGGGUGUGUUGCCCUCUCCAGGCUUCCGUAGGAUUCCUUUACUCUCCGUGUGUUUGCGGUGACAAACCAGCAUCGCCGCGCGCCCAACUAUGGACGAGAUCAACAACAUUGAAGUCGUUCCUUGCACAGAGUCCGAUUACCUGAAGCCGUUCAGGGUGCACUACAACCAGAAUGGCACAAAAAAGUCCUGGGACUUCAUGCGAACCCACGACAGCGUGUCCGUGCUGAUAUUCAACACCACCUCCCACUGUUUUGUUCUUGUCAAGCAGUUCCGUCCAGCUGUAUACAUGAGCGAGUGGGAACGGACCAAAACGCAGCCAUGUCAGCCCGCCGAAAAAACGGAGGAUGGGGCCAGCGAAGCGGUCGCCUCAGGCUCGGAGAGUCGGGAAGAGCGGGCUGACGCGGAGGGGGGGAGCUCAUCCGCGUGGCCUCCGGCGGCCACGGGCAUCACGUACGAGCUGUGCGCCGGGCUGGUGGACAAACCCGACCUCUCCUUGGAAGAGAUCGCCAGACAGGAAGUGCUGGAGGAAUGCGGCUAUGACGUACCGGCUUCCAAACUCAAGCGGAUUACUUCUUACAGGUCCGGCGUGGGAGUCACAGGGUCCAAGCAGACCAUGUUUUAUGCCGAGGUAUCCGACGACAAUUGCGUGAGCGCGGGCGGAGGUGAGCCUCGGGAGGGCGAGCUCAUUGAGGUGGUCAAAGUUCCGUUGCACGAAGCCAUGACCUUUGCCUACAACGAGCGCAUUCCCAAAACCAUGGGCGUCAUCUUUAGCUUCAUAUGGUUCCAUAACAAUAUGUCUCCCAAGUACAAGAUCUCCACCAACGUGUAACUAGCGUUAACGUUUAUGUCAAUCGCCGGCCCAGCGCAGUCACUCACUUUCUCACGUCAUCACCCCCCCCCCCCCCUCCCGACCCCUCACCCCCGCCUUUUUUUUUGUGCCAUCUGCCAUCGUGUACCGUAUUUUAACAUUUUGCCCUCUCGGACCCGUAUGUGAUGUCCAAACAUUUUCCUCAAAGAAAGUGCUCUCUUGCACUUUUCUCAUGUUACUGUUUUUCGUUUUCCAAUGUACGGCACCGCUUAUCCAAAAUGGCUUCAUAUCACUGAUUUUAUAUGCCUGCCCGACUGACCGGAAGACACUCGCAGACCUAACGGCUCAAACAACAAGCUCUCAACCACUUUUGGUUUUAUCGUUGAGAAAAA